UAGGAUGAGACUGUGAGCCGGCAAUCCUUCCAUUAAUGUACCGCCCCCACUUCUCUCUCGUUGCGAAAGGAAAAGCUACGAACAGUAAUCGAGGAGGGAAGCUUCAGAUCUGGCGAGGAAGGCUUCCGGUUCCCCGUUUACAGCAUUAGGGCUCGCAGUCCUUUGGGAUUCGAAGAACUGAAGUAUGGCGUCAAGGCGAGCAAUUAAUCCAUCUCGACGCGUGUCAGAUAGCGGAAGCAUUCCGCUGGUCAGCUCACUCAAUCAAAAGUCGCGUAAUUCGCCUCUAUUAGCUGUUGGAUUGGUUGUCUUGGGUGCUUUUUUCCUCAUUGGUUAUUCACUUGGAGGUUCAGGUGGAUUUACUGGUAACAAGGAAGCUAUAAAUAUUGUUCAAGGUGUUUCCUGCACAUCAGAUGUUCUACAAGCUAUACCUAUUCUAAAGAAAGCUUACAGUGAUGGUAUGCGGAAGGUGUUGUAUGUAGGUCCUGACUCCUGUGCGGUUGUUUCUAAAUUGUUGAAAGAAGAAGAUACUGAAGCCUGGGGUGUUGAACCAUAUGAUCUGGAAGAUGCCGAUAAUAGUUGCAAGAGCCUUGUACGCAAAGGCUUUGUGCGCGUAUCUGAUAUCAAGUUUCCUCUACCAUACAGGCCAAAUUCAUUUUCCCUUGUUGUUGUCUCAGAUUCAUUGGAUUACUUAUCUCCAAAGUACCUGAACAAGACCCUCCCAGACCUUUCAAGGGUAUCAACAGAUGGUCUUGUUAUAUUUGCUGGUUAUCCAGGUCACCAGAGAGCAAAGGUUUCGGAGCUGGCAAAAUUUGGAAGGCCGGCCAAAUUAAGGAGUUCAUCCUGGUGGAGACGAUAUUUUCUUCAGAACGGCUUAGAAGAGAAUGAAACUGUUGUAAAGAAAUAUGAGCAAGCUUCAAACAAAAGUUCUUACAAACCACGCUGCCAAAAUUUUCAUGUCAACUCGUAGAAAUCAUCCAAGUCUGGGAUCUCUCAUUUGCGGAGAUAUAUUAUUUUGUAGCCACUAUUUGCCACCGAUUGUUGCUGGCACACCUUAAUAUGGUUAUAAUGUUAAUUGACACUACUUCCUCCAGUUGUAGAUCUUCCUUCUUAUUAAAAUCAAAUUGAUGGAGUGUUAUAGUUGA